UUGCAGUAUGGAUGGCGGUGCGAUCGGUGUGAUGUUUUAGUUGAAAAGUCAGCUGAAUAUAGCGACUUUGGAUCAGCAUCAAUAUCGCGGGAGCUACAUAGUGAAAAUAUGAAUCGGCUCUUGUGAGCAAGUCAAGUACCAUCCAACGAACCAACAACAACAAUCGCCUCGGAUUUUCGGUGGUGUGUACUGUUGUGAGAUAUCAUUUUGGUGGAGCACUGCGAAUGCAACCUCACCAGAUUGGCAGCGAGUGCAGUUCAGUUUUGGAGUUCAAUUGUGAAGUAACGGCAGAAAUUCUCGAAGGAUAUUUCUGUGUCUCUGGAUGCUGGAGAAGUGGAAAGGGUUUCUUAGGUAUCGGGGACGUCUCAUUAAAGGCAAAGGGGUCGUUAAAUCGCAUUCUGUGAAGAAAAGCCUCCUGUGUGUGGUGUGAGUCACAUCGUCGUCAGACGUCGCCGAACACUGCCGCCGACGUCUUCAUCAACCGGUCGUUUGAGAGACGUACAUUCACACACAUUAGAGUGAGAAUGCAGAGUAAUUCGAAUCGGCUCAGCGACGCGACGCGAAACGUGGCCUAAGCAACACACAAUAAACCCGAGAGGCACAAUCUAAAAUUUAUAAGAAAAGCCUAGGUCAAUAAUGUAUGUAGUGAUGUGCGUUCGGCGAUUUCUUGCCUCGUAAUUUGGCCAACCGCUGCCUUUUGGCGUUCGAGAAAAGCGGUUGAUUUAUUUCGGCUGGUCUCUCGUGAGUUUGUCAUUGCAAUUGCACAUCACAAUAACAACAAGUGCGCGAGUUAUUCUGGGAUUCUGUAGUUGUAUGCAGUUUUUGGCUAAUCUAUCUCUAAUGAAUAGUAGCAAGAAGGUUAGGUUUCCCCACACAGCGUUAAUCAGCCUCAUUGAAUGAGGCAACACACUACAAUUCUGUGACUGUAAAUAAGAAAAAACUAAUUAACGAGUUAACGUGAUUAAGAAGUGUUGUUAUGCCAGAAUCAAAUUUAAGGAAGAACCAAAUUCAAAAAUAUUUUGGUUAAGACAUUGUGAGGUACUCAUUUUUCCUCAAUUAAAAACAAGCUGCUUUAGCAAAAACCAAUAAAAGAAGUGGAAAGUAAAUCGUGUUGUGAGGUUUACGGUCGACGAAGCCAAAAUUCAAGGUAAUUUUUUAUCGCCAACACGAGUGUCCGUCUGUGUAAAACGGUUUUCGUUAUCGCCACAACACACGCCUCAAAUUUUAAAGAUAUUUACAUUCAGAUGAAAUCAUUGGAGUAAUAAGAUCUACGUAAAAUGGUUUACUACACCACGGGACUGCCGCUGCUCAUGCAGCAGGCAGAAAGCAACGGUUCAAGCCAAGUCUGCUUUCCCAACGACCAAGUCCCACAGCAACAGCAACAAAUUGCGUAUCAGCAGCAACAACAACAGCAACAGCAACAACACCAAGUAGUUAAUUUGAGUAACAGUGUUGCCAGUUCAUCGGCGCAGCUGAACGGUUACAGCGGAACAAGUUUUCAGCAACCGCCGUCACAAUCGACGGUUGCGGCCACCGGAAAAUUCCGGUGCGAUAUCUGUAACAUUAACUUCGGUAGCAAAAGUGCCCAGACAAGUCACAUGAAGUCGCACACCAAGCAGCAACAGCAACAGAUCGACAGCAAGGUAGCCGCCAUGAAGGGAGCAAAUAGUGCGGGAACCGGCCAACAGAUGCCGGCCGAUCCGUACCAGUGCGAUGUGUGCAAGAAGACGUUUGCCGUGCCGGCGCGGCUCGUCCGGCACUAUCGAACGCACACUGGAGAGCGGCCCUUCGAAUGCGAAUUCUGCCACAAGAUGUUUAGCGUUAAGGAAAAUCUGCAGGUUCACAGGCGGAUUCACACCAAGGAGCGGCCCUACAAGUGCGACAUCUGUGGCCGGGCGUUCGAACACAGCGGCAAGUUGCACCGGCACAUGCGCAUCCACACCGGUGAACGACCCCACAAGUGCACCGUUUGCGGCAAAACGUUCAUCCAGUCCGGCCAGCUAGUUAUUCACAUGCGAACGCAUACAGGUGAAAAACCCUACAAAUGUCCGGUUGAAGGAUGCGGAAAGGGUUUCACCUGCUCGAAACAGCUGAAGGUUCACUCGAGGACCCACACCGGAGAGAAGCCGUACCAUUGUGAUAUUUGCUUCCGAGAUUUCGGAUACAACCACGUAUUAAAGUUGCACCGGGUGCAGCACUACGGAGCCAAGUGCUACAAGUGCACGAUCUGCGAUGAAACCUUUAAAAGCAAAAAGGAGAUGGAAGCCCACAUCAAGGGCCACGCGGACGAACUUCCGGACGACGACGAGACUGAUAGCAAACUAAGCGUAGCUGCGUCCACCAGUAGCAGCACCAGCAGCAGCAGUAGCAGUCGAAGCAACAGCCUCGAAUACGCUUCCAGUUCCGCCAGCACUCCUCCCUCGACCGAGAGUGUACUGACUGAAGAGCCGAUGGUCCUCGAAGAAGAUAUUCCUCCGCCACGGAUAGAAUUCCGGGAGCACAGCGAAGGCGUGAAUCCUCCGGAAGGCGUCCACUACUAUUCGCAGUUUGAGAAGUCGGUACUGCGGCAAUACGGAGUCCAGUCCGGUGUUAAUCCAGCCCUCUUAGCAGCGGCAUCUAUCGCCGCUGCUGCUUCGGCCUCCGGUUUAGACUCGAAGGAUCUUCCAACAAUGUGUAAUAAUGCUAGUCCAUCUCCACCGCCACUGAUCUACCAAAAUUCAACCAUUCAACACCAACAAGAAUACAUGAGCACGGGAACAGGUCGAUUGACGCCCAGCUCCAGCUCCGGAUCGAUACAGAGCGAGCCGAUGGAUAUGCAUCGGGAGGUUAAACACUCGCAUUUGUUGCACCAGCAGCAACAUCAACAGUUGCAGCAGCUGGACCAGCAGCAGCAUCAUCAACAGUCACCGCCGCCGGCUCUCAAUGGAGGCACAUUCAUGUAUGAACCGUUCCCGAUCAUGAAACAUCACGGGUACUUUGCACCCGCCUCGCAAAGUAGUGAUUUCAGAUCCUCGAGUGACAUCGUCCGCCAGGUAGAGGCCGCCUUAUCCGGAACGGAGAACCUGCUAACGCCACCCCGCUCGUCUCCGGAAUCUCCGGACCGAUCGUCUUCGCCCGAAUCCGACUCAGCUAUUCUGAUGUCCGAUCGUGACAACAACACCCUGCCACCCCGCAAACGAAAGCUCUACUUCAAGGAUCAACAUCAGCAAGUGCAGCAACAACAGCAGCACCACCUGGAACCGGAACAAUCGGACGUUACUGACCUGUCUCCGGACCAUCGACGGAAUUCGGCUUCUUCGCCUCCGGUUCCCGCAGUCCGGAUGAGUUCCGUGAUCCAGUUUGCGCGGGCCUCUUAGAAUCAGUAGUUGCAUGAAACAAUAGAAUCGAUACAAAAAACUAUCCAAAGAUUCCCAACGAUGGCCUAGCGAAUUCGUUGGACAAGAAAGAGUACAUGUGCUCGAGUUUUAAAUUUCUCAAUAAGCACUAUCGUGUGGCGGCCAUAUUAGCGACGAUUUUGAAACGUCAGUGCGGAGCAUGUAAAUUUGGACUAGGAUGGAAAACGAUGGAUUCUUGUUAGAACGCAAAUAGACUUACUAGUGGAUAGCUAAACUAAAGAAAUCGUUUUAGAAGGUAAUAUUUAUCUACGAGUAAGUGAAGGAAAUAAAUUGUAGCGAGUCGGUUUAACACAAAAAGAUAGCAAAAAAACGAAACCCUACACAUGCAUACACACAAAUAAAAAAAACUGCAACAAGACUGUCUCAGGUUAAUCAGUCAUUACAUUUGAUAAGUUUCAUUCGCUUCUUUUGGAAAGCAGAGUGGUAUCUUGAACAGAAGGAAUCAAGCAAGGAUGGCAAAUAGAAGUAUUUUCCUAACGGAAGUGAUUCUAUGUCUGAACUGUUUUGGGAAAAUUAAUUAAAAAAAAUAUUAAGACUGUUGAAUUGUCAAAAAUUCUAGUAAGCGAAAUUAUUUUAAGACGCUAGAAAGAGUAACAUUUUUAGGAAAAACAAACUGAAGAGAAGGAUUAAGAGUGGUAUUAGCAACGGAGAAAAAUAUAUCCAUAUUUUACAAAGGAGGAUCGCAUUUUUUGGAUGAAGCCCCCCAUUGCGAAACUGAUAAAUAAGCAAAAAAAAGUAACUACUGAAAUUUGAUGGCCAUGUGAAAAAGACUAGUUUUUUAUAGAAACAAAAUUCGGUUUAGGAACGAGGCGGAACAUGUAAGAGAAGCGAAAAAGAUAGACUGGAACCCCCAAAAUUACAUUCUAGCCUUAAGAAACCUAUCUCCCUAGAAGUUUAACUAUUCACUCCCCCUUUUCGGUGAAAAUUGAAAACUAUCAAUAAUCUUCCCAAAAUUUACCCAAAAUUUGAUUGCACUAAAUUCACCCGCAACUGUAAAUACUGUUAAUCGUAAGGACAAAUAUUAGUCAAUAUGCAAUAAUCAAUUGGACAGCAAAAAAGCAAAGCAAAAAUACCACUACAUUCACUGCCAAUAUUAAGAAAUAAGCAAAACAAAAAUCGAAACAUUGGAUCGAAAAACUUGGAAAGCAAACACAACUUCCCUAAAAAACCAGUGACGAAAACCAACCCAAUAACCAAUUUUACUAGCAAACAAUAAGUUAAUCCGAUACAAUCGUGACAGAUGCAAAAAAACUGAUUGCAACCAUCAGGGACAUUCUUUUUCUAAGCGAUAUUAAGCUGGGAGCAGAACUUGCAGCACUGUUCAGCCAUGCUGUGACAGCCUACAUACAAUGCAUGCAUCCCAGCGCUGAACAAUUUUGAUAGACAUCACUUAUGUAACAUGUUCAUUUGAUGUUAAGCUAAGUGGAAGAAUUCAUUAUGAUUUUAAGAAAUGAAUGACUUCUUGUAGUUAAAAUUCAUUUAACUAAAAAAUCAUUCAGAUUUGAAUUUGAAUCAGAUAAAUUAUAUUUUGAAGUCUACAGUACGAAGUUUUGAAGUCUGCAAUCUGAGGUCUGAAAUGAAGUUUGCAAAUUGAAAUCUGCAUUCUGAAAUCUGAAAUGUAAUGUCAGAAGCUUGAAGUCUGUACUUAGUCUAGAUUCUGGAAACUGAACUCCCAACUCUAAACUCUGGAAUUUCAACUAUGAAGCUGGAAUCCUGUGAUUCAAAUUCUAAGCUCUGAUCGCUGAAUUAGAACUUUGAACUCGAAACUUACAAUUUCGCAAAGAUUUGACCCUGAGAAAACCGAUCUCUGAGAUCUGAACUAUAAGCUGAAGAAAUUUUAACUUCGAACUCUGAGCACUGAACGUUAAACUCUUAACUCAGACUUUGACUUCUUAACUCAGAUUUCUGUGUUCUAUACUCUGAACUUUGGAUUUUGAACUCUGAACUCUCUGAACUCUCGAACCUUGAACUCUUUUCUAUGAAUACCAAAAAAGUCAUAUUUCAGAACCCAGGUCUUUGAACUCUGAACUCUUAAAUAUGACCCUGUGGACUUGAUCUUCCUACUAUGAGCUCUGAAAUCUUUAACCCGAUUACUGAACUCUGCAAUCUGAGCCGAAAGAUCAGAAAAUAUAGAUCAUGCUCCAUUACUUUGAUCUCUUAACUAUGAGCUUCGAACUUAUCUAUGAAUUUCUGAGCUUUUUAUUUUCCUCAGAAUGUAAAAAAAAAAGACUUUAGAAUUACUAAUUCAAAACUCUGCACUCAGAACUUUAAAUAUAGAACUGAUUGAUGUUUAAGCUUUGUAAUUUGAAGUUUGAACUGUUAACUCACACAAAGUCUGACCUCUGAGCUUUGUUUUGAGCUUAGAACAUUCAGCUACGAUUUCUGAGUAGCUGAUUUCUGAAAUAUCAACUUUUUACUUUACACUAUUUCACUUUUUCAAAUCUAAGAGCUGAAAUCUUCCACUUAGCUCGCCAGUAAAUAGCAAACUAGAAGACAAAAACAAAUAUACCUCAAACUAUUAAAUCGAAAAUACAAAACGAAUCCCAUUACAAGCUAGAUCACACUUAGGUAUUAUUUCCGAAUCAUUAAAAAAUGAUCACUUUUGUAAAUAGUCAUUCAUUUAGCAUGAUCGUGAGUAAAACAAAGAAAACUAAUCUAAACUAAUUGAAAAAAAAAUCUUUUGAUACAUUUGAUUUCUGAUCUCCAAGCUCGCGUUUUUUCUUCGCUUUACAGCAAUAGACCGUACUAUCAUUAUUUAGUCUAGUUUGUUGAAUUUUAUUUUACAAACAAACCUCUUAAUUAAGCUUCCUAAUAAGCCUCGUUAAGAACUAAGCAGUAAGGUAAUGCUUUAGAAACAAGAGAAAACAAUUUAAAACGAUAUUGUAUCUGUAUAGCGAACAUUCGUAGUGAAGCAACAUUAUCCAGAUCCAUGCAUUUAUUGACGAUAAAUCUAUUUUAAAGAAAAAAACAACAACUAGUAAGUAUAGUAAUUUAGUCCUUUCGCGAGUGAAUUUCACAUUUUCGAUUUACACAAAUUUUUGUUAAGAUAAACAGUUUUUGUUGAACGUUUUACACUGAAAUAUUUCGUGAGGGAUUUUUGUUAUUAGCAAAAGUUUGAAAUAAUAUUUAAAGAAAAAUAGUAGCAAAACGAAAUGUUUCUGAGUCAGCGUUUGUCGAGGAUUUUUUUGAACUUCCAACGGCAAAAGCAAACUCUUAACCCUUUAACCCAAUAGUCGAAAUUUGUCUCCUUUCUCUUCCGAAAAAUCCAGCCGAAUUUCGGAAGUAUUUGAAGUCAUGCGAUCGAAGCAAUGAACGUGUCCGUCGUAUGUUUAACUGUGAAGAUUUUUUACAAAGGAAUCUUCCGAAUUUUGUUAAUUCAUGUUUAUGUUUUGAUCGGUUGAGAUACUAUUUUCCAAGCUUAUCCACAAUCAGCGAGAGGCGAAAAUCCGUUUUCAAGGACUUACUUCUGUUACACUCUCAAUGUAGUUUAUACUAUGACGUAUGUAAAUCUAAUUAAUAUAUUAUCAUUACUAUAACCGAUUAGUGGUAGUCAUUUGAAAGAAACCAUAAAUCGACAUAAAAUCACAAAAUCAACCCAAACACAAAACACACACCCUUCACACUGAUAUUUAGAAUUAAGAACAUUUGGAACACUUUUUACUGUGUAAAAUAAUAGACGAGAACGGGAAGGCUGGAUUUUAUUCCUGCAAUAAAAUUAGAUCGCCGCAUAUGAAUCGCUCUGUAACUGUGCUGAGAAUUAAAAAAAAAAAAAAACAAUACAUUUCUACCAACACGCAAUAGCUGUGAAAGUCAAGCAUCUAAUCAACUAAAUUUCCUUUUAACAAAAAUCAAUUCUACACUUUAUCGCGGUUUGUUUUCAACAACCGAUAGCAACCACCCAUGCAAUUGGUAAUCAUCUGAAGAAAUUUAACGUAAAAACAAAACAAAAAAAAAUCGUAAUAUUUGCGCAAUACAAAAACAAGAACUGAAAGUUUCCUUAGAAAGUGUGGGUUUUACUUGUGAAAGAAUAAAUAGUGAAUGACAUCAACGAUUAGACAGUCUUGGGUGAAGCAAGGUUUUGAAAGCGAAUACGUCGUGUGAGAAAAAAAGGAAAAAUGUGAAUAAAAACCCAUAAUUGUAACAACAACAAAAAAGCUACCAAAACCAUCAUGUAACACGAUGACGAUGAUUCACCGAUUUGUAUGCGAAUGCGAGAA